AUCGACAUAUCGCUGUUAUCUACUGAAGUACCAAGAUCUGAACGCAAUCUUAGCCACCCGAGUGUUCACUGCAGUCAGAUCAAGAAUGUGGAGGUAUAUUUUCUUCUACAUUAGCAUAUGCUUAUUUGUCAGCGAAACCCUGACGUUAAAUGUUGAGAAGUCGAGCCACGACCGAAAUUUGCGCCAUGUGAAUGAAGGCAAGAAAUGUGAGGACGGAGACAAAAAUGAAGGUGUUUGCAAAGAUGACAGAGAUAUUGAUUUUGAUGACUAUGGAUUUGAAAAAGGUUGUUAUCACCCUGACAAACCAUGCUGGCUUUUUAACUAUUGUGAAGGACACAUGCAUUGUUAUAUCAUAUUUGAAAAAGAAGAUGGUACACGUUUAGAUGAGGCAUGUCUAAGCAUUGGAGGACAUUGUGUGAAACCGGGAACAAGAUUCGAUGGGAUACUUAGAAAAAACCUUUGCCCGUGUGAUUAUGACUGCUAUCUUCAAGUCGCUGAUGAAUUGUGUGUGUCGCCAAAUCACUGUCAACACAUAGACGCCCCUUGCGGAGGAACUAAAAAUAGUGCUCUAUGCGAUGGUGAAGAUUUCGUUUGCUGUGUUAGUCAUACUAAUGACGGCAAGUGUACCAAUGAACCCCCAACUGGUGUUAAGGGAACAUGUAAAGACAACACCGAAGAAUGUGAUGGUUGGUACGUAACAGACAGAUGUUCCGGUCCUGCUGGCAGACAGUGCUGUGUCCCUUCUGGAAAUGACGUGGAUUGCACUUCAAUACCUAAUGCUCAGUGUAUGGAUAUCAGAAAAGAACCUUGUGAAAAUGAGGAAGGUGAAGAGGGUGAUUACAGAUCCGGAUUAUGUUCAGGACCCGCAUAUAGACAGUGCUGCAUACUCGGGUGUCCGGAUCACUAUAAAGGCCUUAAUAAUGAGGACAUAUCAACAGAUUGUCAUUUGAACUACGGGUGCUGCAGACCUUUUUGUAUAGAUGGAGAAAUACAAAUCGAUUUUUCAUGCCAAACUAAGGACAGAGAUGGCAAUCUAAUCACAUCAAACUGUGUGUGUUGUAAAGGGGACAGACCAGUUUCAGCAAAACCUGGAGGAGGAGGUGAUCCACAUUAUAAAACACUUGACAGUCAUACGUAUACUUUCGAUGGCCACUGUUCUUACAUAUUGAUGAGAGAGUGCAGUAACUAUUUGGGAACUCCUCGUUUUACUGUCAUCGCUAAACAUGAUUAAAUGGAAAGUUUAAGAAGAAAAUUAAAAGCGUAUAUUGACAGCAUAUCGAUCAUCAUGGGAACAUUCCGGGCUGAUCUACUGCACGGCAAUUUAGUUUCCAUCAAUAAUCGACCUGCAAUUCAUAUUCAUGAUUUGAGAGAAUGGAACGAUACAGAUAAAGGCAUCUAUAUAACACCAGAUCAGGGUAUGACUAAAGUAGACGUUGCUGGAGAAUUCACCGUAUGGUUUAAUGGUAAUGGACGUUGUGAGGUAGCCAUUGAUACACAGUAUCACGGGAAAGUGUGUGGGUUACUUGGCAACGCAAAUGACGAUCCUUAUG